CACAAUAUGUAAAUGCAUUUAAGACAGAGCACAGGUGUUUAAGUGGAGUCCGCAAUGAAGUUCAAUUAAUCUUAGACCACUGAUCUCUGCCUGUCAGGCCAUCAUUGGGCGCAGUUCCACCUGUGACCGUUAGAUGUCGCCACUCCUCUCACAUUCACUCCCAGCAGAAGCACCUCCGUCCCCCGCUGCCCGCACAUCAUACCAUAUCAUAAACCGCUACCAUUACUGCCAGCGAGCUAACAACAUACCCUUCAAAAACAGCAGCUCAUAAACGGCCGAGGCGUUGAUGGAGGGGCCAUUGAGAGGUGUUUGGGAAGGACACUAUGUUUCCCUGUGUCUCCUCUUGGCCCUCUUCUGAUCCCCCUGCCGCACUCAGCCAUGCUCCACCCAGUCCACCGCUACAUCCACCCAAUCAGCCACUGCCCGACCUUCUGCGGAGCUGCGUUCUGCUCCCUUCCCCAUCCAUGCGCCUGAGCCCUUGCACUGCAGAGAUGGAGUCCAUGAUCGUGGUGACGGAGUACGAGCCCAGCGGAGGCUCAGGGCAGGAGGGCGGAGAGGAGGAGGAGGUGGAGGACAUGGACAGUUCCGAAACACCGGAGCCUACGUCAUCAGGUCCCGUACCGCCCUUCCGUAUGGCCUCCUGCGAUCUGCUGUCGCAUACGAUUGGCCGACCGGAAGCUCUGUUCCCAGAGCCGCCAGAGCACAGAGGGAGACUCAGCCUGUCCGAUAGGAAGCUGUCGCUACAGGAGCGCUCGCAGACACUUUCAUCGCCCUGUGGGUCACCAGGGCUCAACGGACGGUAUAUUUACCCAUCGCUGCCCUACUCGCCGAUCACUUCUCCUCACUCGUCUCCACGUCUCCCUCGAAGACCAACCGUGGAGUCCCAUCGUGUGUCCAUCACAGACCUGCAGGACUGCGUGCAGCUCAACCAGUACAAGCUGAAAGAUGAGAUCGGAAAGGGUUCCUAUGGAGUUGUCAAGCUGGCAUAUAAUGAAGACGACAACACAUACUAUGCCAUGAAAGUGCUGUCCAAGAAGCGGCUGAUGAGACAGGCAGGCUUCCCGCGCAGACCUCCACCUCGCGGGGCGAAAUCGGCUCCUGAGGGCCCUCCUCAGCCCAAAGGACCCUUGGAGCGUGUUUACCAGGAGAUUGCAAUUCUCAAGAAGCUGGAUCACCCCAAUGUGGUGAAGCUGGUGGAGGUGUUGGAUGAUCCAAGCGAGGACCAUCUGUACAUGGUGUUCGAGCUUGUCAAGCGAGGAGCCGUGAUGGAGGUUCCUACUGAUAAGCCUCUGGAUGAGGACCAGGCCCGCUUUUACUUCCAGGACCUGCUGAGAGGAAUUGAAUACUUACAUUAUCAGAAAAUCAUUCAUCGGGACAUCAAGCCUUCCAAUCUGCUUUUGGGAGAAGAUGGCCAUGUGAAGAUUGCUGAUUUUGGUGUCAGUAACCAGUUUGAAGGAGCAGACGCGCUGCUGACCAGCACAGUGGGAACGCCGGCGUUUCUCGCCCCGGAAACCCUCUCAGAGACCCGCAAGAACUUCUCUGGAAAGGCACUGGACGUUUGGGCGAUGGGAGUCACCUUGUACUGUUUCAUCUUCGGAGUAUGUCCGUUUAUGGAUGAGCGCAUUUUGAGCCUCCAUCAGAAGAUCAAGACCCAACCGGUGGAGCUUCCAGAGAAUGCGGACAUAUCGGAUGACUUAAAGGACCUGCUUUUUAAAAUGCUGGACAAGAACCCUGAAACCAGAAUCACCGUCCCACAAAUUAAGGUGCACCCAUGGGUGACGCGACAUGGCGCUGAGCCUCUUCCUCCAGAGGAUGACAACUGCUGCAGCCUGAUAGAAGUGACAGAGGAGGAGGUGGAAAACUCCGUCAAGCACAUCCCCAGCCUGGCCACCGUGAUCUUGGUUAGGACGAUGUUGCGCAAGCGUUCUUUUGGGAACCCAUUUGAUUGGGGCCGCAGGGAGGAACGGAGUCCCGCCGCACCAGGACACAUGCUAUCAAAAGGCAGAGCAGGGAGUUUGAAAUACUGCCGCAAUCUCAGUAACCCCAGGAAACAAGAGAGCGAGGAGGGCAUGCGAAGCGUGGACCUGCCCUUCGUGGGCGAGGAUGAAGUUCUGUCCUGAUAGUUGUGGGCGUCUCGUUCAGGGGAUUGGCUCUGGGAUUGGGGCCGUUUUGGCUUCCGGAAGGCCAGGAUUUGGACCUGGGGCUGGGAUGUGGAGUCACUCAUGCAUGUGUUUGUACAGUCCAACGGCAGCAUGCACUGUUUCUGUCCGCCCAGGUCUCUGCUGUCUCGCAGGACCUGUUUUUGUCCUGUGUGGGUGUGUUUCUACUCUGGUCUCCGCUUUACUCCUCUACUUCAGCUAGGGGGCGCCAAAUUAAGGAGAAUAACAUGAAAAUUUCUUUGAGAACUAAGCGAGAGAGACAUGCUGCAUAAUUGCAGUAUUGAUUCAGUCAAAUAGAAAGU